UACCCGUUGUUGUUGUGUCUUUUAUUUCUCUAUCUAUAUCUGGGUUUUGUAGAUUCAGUUGCCUUAACGUUUCUUUUAAAUGCACUGUAGUUAAAGUUUAAAUCUUUAAGGUCUCCUGGGCUUUCUUCUUCUUGUUAGUGGGUGUGAUUGUUCCUUCAGAUUUUUUUAUCUUUGUUAAUUUGAUUCAAGAAGAUAUGAAUUUAUCUGAUGAGAACAAUCCUAACAUCGUCAAACCCACAACUUUUCAAGGAGGAAUGGAGAUGGGUAACAGAAAGUUUGGGCAGGAGAUUAGGCACAGCAGAAGAGCUUUAAAUGUGUUAAAUCAGAAUUUUAUUGGAGCAAAAGCAUAUCCUUGUGUUGUUAACAAGAGAGGAUUGACUGAAAAUCAUGGAGUCUAUGAAAAAACCUCACUUAAUCUCGCACAUCGACCAAUUACAAGGAAGUUUGCUGCACAGUUGUCAAGUACACAUCAGCAAUGUCCCCAGGAGGCUAAGAAGCACAAACCAUCAGUUCCAAGCACAAAUGGAUUUGGAGACUGUAUAUUCAUAGAUGUUGAAGAAAAUAAGGCAGCUGCAGAUCAUCCAGUACCAAUGUUUUUAGAACAAACAGAAGCAAUCCAUGAUGAAAUAGAUCAGAUGGAAGAGGUUGAAAUGGAGGAUAUAAUUGAAGAGCCAAUUGUGGAUAUUGAUGGCUGUGAUGCAAAGAAUCCACUUGCAGUUGUUGAUUAUGUUGAAGAUUUGCAUGCCUAUUAUAGAAAAAUUGAGAAUUUUAGCUGUGUCUCCCCAGAUUAUAUGGAACAACAGUUUGACAUUAAUGAAAAGAUGAGAGCUAUAUUGAUUGACUGGCUUAUUGAGGUGCAUGACAAGUUUGAACUCAUGAAAGAGACAUUAUUUCUUACGGUUAACCUUAUCGAUAGAUUUCUAUCACAACAACCAGUUGUGAGAAAGAAGCUUCAAUUGGUUGGACUGGUUGCUAUGCUAUUAGCCUGCAAAUAUGAGGAGGUUUCUGUUCCAGUAGUGGGAGAUCUAAUCCUUAUAUCAGAUAAGGCCUACAAUAGGAAAGAAGUUCUUGAAAUGGAAAAUCUGAUGCUUAACAAAUUACAAUUUAACAUGUCAUUUCCAACACCAUAUGUUUUCAUGCAAAGGUUCCUCAAGGCUGCUCAAUCUGACAAGAAGCUUGAGCUUCUUGCCUUCUUCUUGAUUGAGCUUUCUCUGGUGGAAUAUGAGAUGCUCAAAUUCCCACCUUCUUUAUUGGCGGCUGCUGCAAUCUAUACAGCUCAGUGCACUAUCUAUGGCUUCAAGCAAUGGAAUAGGACUUGUGAAUGGCACAGUAACUAUUCAGAAGAUCAAAUUUUAGAAUGUUCAAGAUUAAUGGUUGCUUUACACCAGAAGGCAGGGACAGGGAAACUAACUGGAGUACACAGGAAAUACAAUGCAUCUAAAUAUGGCUAUACCUCAAAAUCUGAACCAGCAGCUUUCCUAUUAGAGCCUCAAAAAUAGCAGGAGGGAAUGUGUACAGCUUCUGACUUCUUUUACUUGAUAUUGGGUUGGUGAGGAUCUACACAACAAUAAUCAGCAACUUUUUGGUUGCAUCUUAGGAAUUUAUUGAUAUUUUGAAUUUUUAAGCAUUGCAAUAUCUGGCUGUUCGAUGCUGAUAUUUUCUCACUGUAAUUUUCUUUCAAUGGAAAAGAAUAAUUUUAUGACA